AUGAUUUUGGAGUAUGUUACUACUUAUCAUUUACAGGACUGCAUAAAUAUAUUAUCAGAGCAAGAUAUUUUAGGCUAUUACAGUAUUAAAAUAGAUUUUUUGAAAUUAUUCGAAACUUACCCUGAUGUCGGUGACAAAGUAUUGUGUAGCCCUGUGAGCUCAUUACCAGCUUGUGAUAAGGAUAUAAUCAAGGUCCAACAAAAUAUUCUAGAAAAAGAUGAAUACAAGCCUCUUCUAUUGAAGCUGCAAUUCAGUCAUUUAAAAAGAAAUGUUCAUGCAAGAUUUUUUGGUUUACCUGUUUGUCCAGAAUUACACAGGACUAUAUUUCCUAAAAAUGUUGACUUAGGAUGCUUUCUCAAAGUUACAGGUACUGUUGUACGUGUAACACAGGCUAAGAUGUUAGAAUAUCAAAGGAUAUAUGUCUGUAUGAAAUGUAAGUAUGAAAAUUCAGUAGAAGCUGAUUUUGAAAACCGAUAUAUAUUAAAAGCUCCAUCAAAAUGUGGGAACACAGAGACUAGGUGCAAAUGUUCAACAUUUUCUCAGGUCAACCUUGUUUCUAGACAACACUGUAAAGAUUAUCAAGAAAUAAAAAUACAAGAACAAGUAAACAAAUUGAGUAUUGGAACAAUACCAGGUUCCAUGUGGGUUGUUCUAGAAGAUGAUUUAGUAGAUGCCUGUAAGCCAGGUGAUGAUAUAAUAAUUUGUGGCUCGGUUCGUCGAAGAUGGCGUCCAUCAAUACUAAGCAGAAAAUGUGAAGUGGAACUUGUUUUGCAAGCCAACUAUAUUGAAGUUAUUAAUGCUCAAAGAUCAGAAGUUAUAGCCAUGGCCCCUGAUAUUAAAGACUGUUUUGAUGAGUUUUGGAAAAAGUAUGAACAAUGUCCUUUAAAAGGCAGGGAUCAAAUCAUCGCCUCUAUUUGUCCUCAAGUUUAUGGUCUUUAUUUAGUAAAGCUUGCAGUUUUAUUGACCGUAAUUACUGGUUCUGAUCAUAUAGCUGAAAAAGAAAAUUCUAAAACAGUUUCUGAUGAUAAGCAUACUACACAUGUUCGAGGACAGUGUCAUUUACUACUUGUUGGUGAUCCAGGUACUGGCAAAUCACAACUAUUGAAAGCCUGUGCAGAGCUAACUCCCAGAUCAGUGUUAACUUCUGGAUCUGGCAGUACAAAAGCUGGCCUUACUUGUGCUGCUCUUAGAGAAGAUGGAGAGUGGCAGUUAGAGGCGGGUGCGUUAGUACUGUCAGAUGGGGGUGUUUGUUGUAUUGAUGAAAUAUCGCAUUUGAGGGAACACGACCGAACUGCUAUACAUGAAGCUAUGGAACAACAAACUAUAUCUGUGGCUAAGGUUAUUUGA